UACAUUCUUUUCCGGUCCGUCAUUUUAGCUGAAUACCUUGUUCUUCAUCUCCCGUGAACAUCGCAUCGCUCGCUUGAUUAUUGUACAAAUAACGAAGUAUCGGUAUUUUACCGCUUAUUUUUACUGUAUCACCAGCAAAUAUUACAUUUACAAAUAUGGACCAAAUGGAAGAUCCCGCUGGAUCGGAUAAUAAACGAGCUAAAGAAGGAAAAAGAAGUUGAAAAUGUUAAGUGAGGACUUCAGAGAGGACAAGCUUUCAGCAGCAGCCGAAUCCAUCGCUGUAUCCAUACUCUAAACAUCAGUUGAAGGAGCUGGGUUAUCCAGAGUCCUCUCACCUUGGUCUGAGUCCAGUGUUGUCAUCACAGUUGAAUCAAUGGGUGGUAAUGAAGGAGGUGGACGUGGAGGGGAACGGUGGAGCCUCUUUGGGGCACGGCCCAUCGUGCAGAAAUCACCCACUGACCCAGGGUCAGAGACCAACACACCUGGAGGAUUCACGCUGCAGUCAUACUUUGGAGUUCAGAAGUCUAAUACCAUGGAUGCCAUGAAGACUCAAGUAAACCUCGUGGUUGAAGAUCCCGGCAAUCUAAAAUCUCCCAAGAUCGAGAUGAGCGGCGAGGAGGGAAAGAAAACAUCAUGUCACAGACUCAGACACCGAGAUAUGAACAUUCUCACACCGUCUGGCUUCUGAACUCCAGAGUCUUCAACUCUCUUAAGCUUCCUCGAUUUUUAUACAAUAUAAAAUCCCAUUUAUGCACAAAUCGACAUGUUACUUUUAAAAACACACGCUCAUUUCAUCUACCCGUGAUAGAUUUACCCCUUAAAUUAGAUAGGAGACACAAGAGUCUCUUUUGUUGGUGCCAACCAAUCUUGAUAGUUUAAUUUGGCCCUUCCCAGUAACAUAUGUACUGUUUUUCACAUUUUUAAUUGUUUUUAUUGCAACAUACUUGCUCGCUUUUAUUCACAGACCUUACAAUGUACAGAUGUAAAUUUAUGGUGAUCAGAAUAUGCAGAAUUACCAGUAAGAUGCUGGAUUUUUUAUAGUGAAAUACAUUCAUGUCUGACACUAGUCUGAUUUUUGUGGACCAUCUCUAAAAGCUUAUUGUGUAUACGCAUUUCUACAUCAUUGACUGCAGCACAUUUAUCAAAUAACGUCAACAUGUUUGACUUAACAUGGUCAGGUAUUCAUUAUUAUUUUGCAUAGUUGAGACAUCUUAAAGUGCCGUUUUGUAACUUUUUAUUUCUAAAGAUUUCUAAUUUAUUAGUUUGUUUAUUGAUGAUACAGUAUGGAUGUGGUAUUUUGUGUGUCCCCCGUGUGCAGUAAGCUACAGCUUUGUAUUGGCAUGCUGGCAGCACCUCAUGUCUAUCACUUUUGCACUUCAACACACAAAUCUUUUUCAUGCUACUUUGUGUUACUGUAAAUUCGACAUACAGUAGCUGUGUUUUAUAGUUUUAUGACUGCUGUAUCAUUUUGCUUUUUUGUACAUUUUUUAUGACAUUGCCUUUAAAAUAUUCCACUUCCUGCUUAACUUGAACAUUUGUCAUUUGCUUUCUGUAGUGCAGGAUUUGUUUGUUAUCCACUAAUUGUUGUAAGACGGAAAUGACUUGCAACACACACCAAACUCAUUUUAUAUGUUGUAUUGCUAUCGCUUUACUUGUUCAUAUUUCUCAGUAAUAAAACAUUGCUUAUAAGCACAGUGAAUCAC